AUGGCCAACGUCGACAUUUCCCUACCACUGCCGGUCCUGCCUGAGGGCUGGGCUGGUGAGAAGGACUUCAAGGCCAUCGGCCAGCUCAGCGAGGCAAACGACCGCAAGAUCGAGCCUGUUGGCCCACACUUCCUCGCCUAUGCCCGCAGAAAGCGAAACAAGCGCACUUUCUCCGAGGAUGAACGCAUCCAGGCGCAGGCCAACGUCAAGAGCGUUGAGGAGGAGGACCCCGACGACGUUGACGAGCCUGAGGACCCGCUCAUGCUGCAGCGUGAAGCCAAGGACUGGAAGUCUCAAGACCACUACGCUGUGCUCGGCAUAACUCGUUACCGAUGGCGUGCCACCGACGAACAGAUCAAGCGCGCCCACCGCAGGAAGGUGCUCAAGCAUCACCCCGACAAGAAGGCUGCCAAGGGCGGAACGGAGGACGAUCAAUUCUUCAAAUGUAUCCAGAAGGCCCACGAGGUUCUGUCCGACCCCGUCAAGAGGAGGCAGUUUGACUCCGUCGACGAGGGCGCCGAAGUUGAGCCACCAUCCAAGAAGGAGACGCAAAAGGGCAACUUCUACAAGCUUUGGGGCAAGGUCUUCGAAGCCGAGGGACGCUUCUCGAACAAGCAGCCUGUGCCCAAGCUCGGCAACGCCAACAGCUCCAAGGAGGAGGUCGAGCACUUCUACAACUUCUGGUACAACUUCGACAGCUGGAGAACGUUUGAGUACCUUGACGAGGACGUUCCGGAUGACAACGAGAACCGUGACCAGAAGCGUCACGUCGAACGCAAGAACCAGAACGCGCGUCGCAAGAAGAAGACGGAGGACACCACUCGCCUGAGGCACUUGGUGGACGACGCUCUGGCCCUUGAUGAGCGUAUCAAGAAGUUCCGUCAAGCCGAGAAUGCGCAGAAGAACAAGCGCCGUCUCGACAAGGAGGCCGCUGAGAAGGCCGCAAAGGAAGAGGCAGAGAAGAAGAAGGCCGAGGAGGCCAAGGCUGCCGCUGAGAAAGAGGCUGCAGAGAAGGCCGCAAAGGCAGACAACAAGAAGGCAAAGGAGGCUGCCAAGAACGCGGCGAAGAAGAAUAAGCGUGUUGUCCGUGGUGCUGCUAAAGACGCCAACUAUUUCCAUGGUGCUGGCGAUGCGCCCGCUUCUCAGGUCGAUGCUGCUCUCAACGAUGUCGACCUUCUCAUUGUGAAGAUGGACAACGAGGAAUUGGCUGCCAUCACCAGCAAGCUCAACGGUGAGAAGGAUGCUGGCAAGAUCAAGGAGAUUUUCCAGGAGGAGACCCAGCGUCUCAUUGGUGCUGGAAAGCUUACGCAGGGGGAGCUCAAGGCUUUGGCUUGA